AUGGGACCAAUCAGUGAGAUUUUCGUAGGAGCACAAACCACAGUCAUCACGCGAAGGGCCUCACCUGAAAAGGAAGCUCCGCUUCCGUUCAAGCCGCCAGUGCAAGACUCACCUCCUGCGGCUAAAGCUACCGGAGCUACCCAAACAGUGGAACAGAAACGGCGAACGUCUCCUGAACAACCAGAAGAUCCGAAACCAGCACCGGCUCGAAAUGAACCACCUGUUCGCGUGCAGGCUAGGCAAGAAGCAACAUCUCGCGCUCCUUCGUUCGUACCAGUAACGAACGAACCAGAAACGAUAGUCGCUCCGGCAAAGCGGCUAGCCCCUACUCCUCGAACACCGAUGUCUGCUGCUGCGUAUCGACUCGAGAUCGACUCACUCAAUAUGCUGAUGAACCAGGUGCUUGAGCAAAUGGAGAAAGGACCAGUCAGUCUGAAUCUCGUUGCUAGAAUCAAAGCACAUCCGAUGUACGACGCCAGACCGAUGGUGAAAGAGUUGUUGGAGAGUAUUAUAGGUUCGUCAUCAGCUGAUCCACCUGCAGAAUCGUUGAACGGUUCGAUUUCAGCAGCACAGCAGCCAGAACAGGUGCAACGAGAGACGAGCAAACUCGUCCAGCAAAGGAGUCAGGUGGGCUUCGAUCCGGAUGAGGAAUCAGAACUGGAAGCGAGCCAUCAGCUGUCCGUCGCAAGUGCUGCUACCGAUGUCACAGUACAGACAACCUCGUUUGAGGACAGCGAGGACGAAGUUGUGCCGCCAGCACCACCGAAAGCACCGAUAGUAACGGAGACACUGAAGGAGGAGGAUGAAGCUGAUUCCGAAGACGAGGAGGACUACACCGACAGCGAAAUGGAGGAAUUGGCCGAAGAG